UCCAGCACAAAGGAAAUUUACCUGAAAAGGAACCUUUUUUUCUUAAGUUUUUUUUUUUUUUCAAAUGGAGUGCUGCAAAGUUAUUUGGCACAGAACCACAUAUAAACUUACAGGACAUCUAACUGUCUGGUCAGUGUUUGAGUUUUCUAGCCUAAUUUAGGGAAUCUGUUCUUUUUGUUGGGGUACAUGGGAACUUUCUUGUCUUCUCUUCAUUCACAAUGUCUAAACAUCCUCAACCUGCUGUUGUUCCCCUUCCAAAUCUGAAGUCCUGUCAGUCCAGCAUGAGGAAGAGAAGUUCUUUCAGAAUUGAGGACAUUUUAUCCAGUCAUACUGUGAUGCAGAAUGUGGAGACGGCUGGGAAAAAGGGUCUGUCUUUGCCCACUGCCAUCUGUGUUGUAGAAGAAGAAGAACAAAGGGAGCAAUUUCUAAUGAAUGCUUUGGCUACUGCUGUGCUGGAAGAAACAAAAGGAGCUGUUUGCAGUUGCAGGUGCUGCUGUUGCUGUUCAAAUACCACCGUAGGUGCUACACAGAACUCCUCACCUUUGUCAGGCCACUGGCUGCCCUGGUCUAUGAGGCAAUGCCAUCCUGCAGUAGGACUAGCUCCUGAGACAGAUGCUGAAACAGCAGAUAAAUUGCACGUCUUUCACCAGAUCCCAAGGCGCACAAGACGCCAUCGAACCAUUUUCACCGAAGAGCAACUGGAAGCAUUAGAGGCUUUGUUCCAGCAGAACCAGUACCCAGAUGUUAUAACCCGGGAACAGCUGGCCAUGAGAAUCCACCUACGGGAAGAGAGAGUGGAGGUCUGGUUUAAAAACAGAAGAGCAAAGUGGAGAAGACAAAAGCGUGUGACCUCAUCAGCUCUAAUCCUACAAGGAGCAAAGACAACCAAAGUAGAGAACUGCACAUGAAACACAGACUGAAAAACUUGGAUUCGAAGCUUUAUUACAAGUUGGAAAAAAUAAAGCAGUCACUAACUUUCCAAUCUUUUUCUGUGUAAUAAAGUAU